AUGUCACACCUCACUGAGAUCAGGGACAUGCUGCUGGCCAACAAGGUGCUUGCCCCAUGUGAAGUCACUGUGCCAGCCCAAAACACCGGUCUGGGGCCCGAGAAGACCUCCUUCUUCCAGGCUUUGGGCAUCACCACUAAGAUCUCCAGAGGCACCAUUGAAAUCCUGAGUGACGUGCAGCUGAUCAAGACCGGAGACAAAGUGGGAGCCAGCGAGGCCACACUGCUGAACAUGCUGAACAUCUCCCCCUUCUCCUUUGGGCUGAUCAUCCAGCAGGUGUUUGACAAUGGCAGCAUCUACAACCCUGAGGUGCUCGACAUCACAGAGCACACGCUGCACUCGCGCUUCCUGGAGGGUGUUCGUAAUGUUGCCAGUAUGUGUCUGCAGAUCGGCUAUCCAACUGUGGCAUCACUGCCCCAUUCUAUUAUCAAUGGGUACAAGCGGGUCUUGGCUUUGUCUGUGGAGACUGAAUACACCUUCCCACUUGCUGAAAAGGUCAAGGCCUUUUUGGCUGAUCCAUCUGCAUUUGUGGCUGCUGCCCCUGUGGCUGCUGUCACCACUGCUGCUCCUGCUGCUGCUGCAGCCCCAGCCAAGGCUGAAGCAAAGGAAGAGUCGGAGGAGUCUGAUGAGGAUAUGGGAUUUGGUCUCUUCGACUAAUCACCAAAAAGCAACCUACAAAGCCAGCUUUCAUUGUGAUAUUAGGAAAUAAAGGCUUACUUCUCUUUAAAAAA